GGCGGAUGCUGUGAGUCGUUCGGUAAUGACCACAAUGGUAAAUGCUAUAGCAGACGCAGCCAAUUAAUUCAAACCUUGGACAAAAAAAUUAUAAAUUAUGCGGUCGCUGAUUACAAGUCCCGGUCUAAAUUCGACCCCACCAUCAAAGUUUUUCUUUUUUGGUUAUUUAUCUCUACUCUUGACGACAUUCUGCUGCUUGCUCCUUAUCCUGGAGUGUGAAGGACGCUUCAAAGCUUGGAAGUCGGUGGCGGUGAACACGACUUUCCUCGCGACGAUAGCAGUUCAAAACUCCAGUUACAUCCUCCGCUCCAUCGUACAAUGCAUGAACCGGGCCACGACUUUGGACUGGGUUUACGUAGCCUGUUACACGCCCAUGCAGGAGGCAGGGGAAUGUUCCCUCUGGGGAUAUGAAGCCUCAGUUAAUCUUACCGCGGAUUCAGGAACACAACAAUCUCACUGCAAGCUCUUCUACCAAGAUGAUGGCUGCGUGCUGGCGAACGGGUCGCUGGUGGCGACGGGGGCGACGUUCCCCAACGCUCAGUACGCUGACCUGCGCGACGUGUGUCAGCUCAACGGACAACUCCUGCAACUGUGCGAGUUCGAAGGCAAGCUCUACAAUAUGAACGAGCGGAUCGGAUGUCUUCAGUGCACCGACAUUGGCGUCACCUACGGCGACCAGAACCGACGUCGCGUCGCGGACUUCGUGCUGCCACCGAAAGACACGUGCUGUGCUCAGGCUGCCAACGGAUACUGCCUGGUAGCGGAAUGCCCUGCCGACAACGUCGGCUUCUGUGAGGCACAGAUGCGGUGCGAGGCGCGAGGUUUUCCUAUGGCCUCACGGGAACUGUACUACAACUACAGCGUCAUCGGCGACCCGACUGUCCUUCCAGAAAACCAAAUUUACUACUGGAUUAACAUUCGUCGUGGCGAAGACUUGGUAUGGCGCUGGAUGCCGAGCAUGGAACCGACUGUUGACGUGUAUUUCGUUAAUGAAUUGAUGCCUGACCAUGACUGUGCGGAGAUGAUCAUCGAUAACGGCGAGAUAAGCUUCAUCAGCAUGUCGUGUGUCGCAAAUGACGAAGAGUGUACGCUUUGUUACGAUCCUCAAACAAAUCUCCCUGCUUGCUAGGGGCCAUACUUUCAAAA